AUGCAUUUGAAGUAAUGGAAUUAGUCUUUUUACGAUUAGUUUUGAUUGAUUUCAAUAUUAUUUUCUGUCAGAAGUAGGUUGCUGUGAUGUUAUACACCCAAUUUGAUUGGGAAAUUAGGUGCUUUGAAGCAAUGAAAUUUGUCCUUUACCUUUAGUUUUGCAUGAUUUCAGUGUUAUUUUCUUUCUGAAGUAUUCUGCCACACAUUUAUGAUGGUACACACACAAUUUUGACCUGCUAAAGUAAGCAUUUCAAAUAAUGGAAUUUUGUAAGCUUUUAGUUUUAAUUUUUUUUAUUGCGAUUUUUUUAAUAGUUGCAAAUUUGCACUCAUUAAGAUUCAUUUAAUGCACCCCACUAAUAUGUGAAACUAUAAUUUUAAUAACAAAAAGGAGAACUGUGCUAAAUGGGUGCAAAUUACAUUUAAUGAAUUGAAAAUUGUAGUUAUCGGGCUGCAUUAAAUGAAUCUUAACGAGUGCAAAUUUACACACAUUAGAAAAUCAUUUUUUAUUGCAAUUCUGAGUACCUAUUUGACCCCAUAUAUGCAAGUAUUUUAGGGCUUGCAAAAUGUGUGGUUAAAUAACUCAUAGUUGUAAACUUGAGCUGAUUUUAGUAUAAUUGGUCUAUUAAAUGGGACUCAUCAUAUGGUGGGUUUCUAUAUUUAUAUAGUUGAUAUUACAUUCAUGGGAAUACAACUUACAAUUUUAAUUGUAUGAAUUGUUAAUUUCUCAUGUUACAUGUAAUUUUAAAGCUAUAUGAGAUCAAGACUCACCUUAUGAUGGGUCUCAUUUGGUAGAUCAAGUAUGCUAAAAAUCAGCUUGUUUGAAAAUUGAUUCUUUGCAUUACAUAUUUUGGGACUCUAAUAAAAAACUGUAAUCCUUGUGUGUGUAGUGUUUCAUAUAGGUGUCAUCUCGUUAUUAUUUUUUUUAAAAUGUUUACAUUGCUUAAGAAAUUUCACUAAAAUGGAUAAAAAAAAAAUUGUUUAAAAGUUAACUUUGGUGAAGAAAACCUUAAGGGCCUUUUUUGUUUUUGUUCAACAAAAAGUAUACUCAGACUUUUGAUGUGCUACUAAUUAAAUAUCUUCUAUCUGUAGAAUUUGCAAACUUCAAAGCUGCAACUCCAUUUCUGAGUGAUGGCAUCAAGACAGCUCGAUACUGGCCUUUUUGUGGGUCAAAAUAAAGGACAUAUAGUGACAAAGAACGAAUCGGCUCCACAUCCUUCUGGCAGAAUGGGGAGAACUAGCAAGAGGGUCAGUUUUGUGAGGGGCCUCAUCAGGGAGGUGGUUGGUUUUGCUCCUUAUGAGAAGAGGAUUACUGAGCUUCUAAAGGUUGGGAAAGAUAAGCGUGCACUAAAGGUAGCAAAGAGAAAGCUGGGUACUCAUAAGAGGGCCAAGAAGAAGCGUGAGGAGAUGUCUUCUGUUCUUCGGAAAAUGAGUGGUCUGUGGCACCGGAGGAUUCAAAUUUGCCAAAAAAGGCAAAACACGUGGGCAUUUGGUCAAACGUAACUGAAUAGCGAGCGCCAAAACUCAAUCCGUCUUCGGCUUCAUAUUUAUGGCACCGCGGUUUGUUUGGCUACACUAGCAUAUCAG